CUCGGUACCGGCAUUUUACCUUCACUGCCGGUCAGGGCGUUCGUCGGCUGUUUAACGUCAUCUGAGCUCUAUUUAUCUUUUUUAUUUAUACACUUUGUUGUUUACAAUAUGCCCGGCUACUCAGACAGAGAUCGCGACCGCAGAGAUAGAGAUCGGGAUAGAGACAGAGGUUAUGGCGGCGGUGGUGCCCGUUUUGGUGGAAACCGUGGCGGAGGAGGCGGGGGAAAGUUCGGGAAUCCCGGCGAGCGGCUGCGGAAGAAACACUGGAACCUGGACGAGCUGCCAAAGUUUGAGAAGAACUUCUACCAGCAGCACCCAGACGUAAACCGCAGGUCUAUGCAAGAGGUUCAGCAGUACAGAGAUUCCAAGACCAUUACUGUAAAGGGAAGAGACUGCCCAAACCCCAUUAUAAAGUUCCCAGAGGCCAGUUUUCCAUCCUAUGUGAUGGAUGUAAUCAACAAGCAGAAUUGGUCUGAACCCACUCCCAUUCAGGCUCAGGGCUGGCCUCUGGCUCUCAGUGGAAAGGACAUGGUAGGCAUUGCCCAGACAGGUUCUGGAAAGACCCUAUCGUACCUCCUACCCGCAAUUGUGCACAUCAACCACCAACCGUUUCUGGAACGUGGAGAUGGGCCUAUUUGCUUGGUUUUAGCUCCCACUCGUGAGCUGGCCCAGCAAGUGCAGCAGGUGGCUGCAGAAUAUGGCAGAGCUUCUCGCCUCAAAUCCACCUGCAUCUACGGAGGAGCGCCUAAAGGACCUCAGAUACGGGACUUGGAAAGAGGUGUGGAGAUCUGUAUUGCCACUCCUGGCAGACUCAUUGACUUCCUUGAAUCUGGAAAGACCAACCUUCGCCGUUGCACUUACCUCGUCCUGGAUGAAGCUGACAGAAUGCUAGAUAUGGGCUUUGAACCACAGAUUCGUAAAAUUGUUGAUCAAAUCAGGCCAGACCGUCAGACCCUGAUGUGGAGUGCCACCUGGCCGAAAGAGGUACGGCAGCUGGCAGAGGACUUCCUCAAAGACUAUGUUCAGAUCAAUGUUGGGGCUCUUCAACUCAGCGCCAACCACAAUAUCCUGCAGAUUGUAGAUGUCUGCAAUGAUGGCGAGAAGGAGGACAAGGUCAUUCGUCUCCUAGAGGAAAUCAUGAGUGAAAAGGAAAAUAAGACCAUUAUAUUUGUGGAGACAAAGAGGCGCUGUGAUGACCUCACCAGGAGGAUGCGUAGAGAUGGGUGGCCUGCAAUGGGUAUCCAUGGAGACAAAAGCCAGCAAGAAAGGGACUGGGUACUCAAUGAGUUCAAAUAUGGAAAGGCUCCCAUCCUCAUUGCUACAGAUGUAGCGUCCAGGGGUCUAGAUGUUGAAGACGUCAAAUUUGUCAUCAACUUUGAUUACCCCAACAACUCUGAGGACUAUAUCCACCGCAUUGGGCGAACAGGACGUAGUGAAAAGACAGGCACAGCCUACACCUUCUUCACCCCCAACAACUUCAAACAGGCUGGCGACCUCAUCUCUGUGCUCCGUGAGGCCAACCAAGCCAUCAACCCCAAGCUCCUCCAGAUGGCUGAGGACAGAGGAGGUAAAUCUAAUUGGUCGUUCAAGGGGCGGGAGAGGUGGCGGCUUCAGAGAUGACCGGCGUGAUAGGUAUUCAGGCAAGCGUGAUUUCGGUAGUUUUAGAGACAGGGACAAUGGUAGAGGAUACGACAGUGGACCUAACAAAAGCUUUGGCUCAAACACCCAAAAUGGAGGCUAUGGGGGAGGUAACGCAAACAACAGCUAUGGCUACAAUGGUAAUGGACAGCCCAAUUUCAACAACCAGCCAGGAAACUUCGGUGCUCAGAACAGCUUCCAGCCACAACAGUUUGGACCUCCAAAGGGUCCUGCUCAGAACGGCAACAGUCACCCACCCUUCCCUUUCCCCCAGGCCCAGCAGCACCCUCCCCCUCCGCUGGUGCCCUACCCCAUGCCUCCACAGUUCCCACAGUAAAUGCACAAACACUUG